UAGUUCAAUUCAAACUUUAAGUAAAGUCAGUACUAUAAGUUAAGUCAGUAUAAUAAUUCAGUAAACAUUCAACGAGUAAACCUAAAAAACAUACAAACAAAAUGAAUCCAACAGUCUUACUUUGUUUUAUUGUUGUCAUCGCUUCAGCAAUUUGUGUUCAAGCUGCUCCAGCAGAAGGACUAAAUGAAUUGCAAGAUCCAGUGGCUCCAGCUCACGGUGAACGUCAACGACGUGUUACCUGUGAUUUGAUGAGUGUUAGUACACCAAUUGGUUCCUUAAAUCACGCUGCUUGUGCCGCUCAUUGUUUGUCUAUGGGUGGAGGACGUCGUGGUGGAAGCUGUUCGAACGGUGUUUGCGUUUGCAGAUUUUAGUAAAACUUUAAGCUUCAAAGAAUAUUUUGUUAUUAAUAAUUAUAAAUAACUAAUUAAAAUAUUCAAUAUAAAUAUAUAAUAAACGUUUUGGAAAAACUAUGUUGGUUAUUAAAUAGCGAUUUUCCUCCUU